CUCUCUCCUUCACUUCACUCCUAUCUUCCUCUCUCUACCUGCACUCUCACCAUUUCCUAUCCUCUCUUCAGCAAUGCCACAACACACUUCUGCUUCUUUUCUAUUCUAAUUCAAUAGAAAAACAAACCCAGAAGCAGCAGUUCUGUUUUGGCAUAAUCUGCAAGCAGAGGAAAGGAAACCAGAGAAGUAGAGACUAGAGAGAGAAAAACAAAAUAAGAAAACCAAACAUUGAAAACUCACAUUAACCUCAUCUCAACAGAUCUAUCCUGUUUCGGGUUGUUCGAGAUGGGAGACGUAGUAUCCGGGAAGAAUUUGAUACCCGAUAACUUUCCGGGUGGGUCGGUGGACCUUGCGGCCCAAAUUGGGAUGCUAUGGGACCUUAUUAAGGCGCCAUUGAUUGUCCCACUGUUGCAAUUUGCUGUGUAUGUCUGUUUGGCCAUGACGGUGAUGCUGUUUGUUGAACGGUUGUAUAUGGGGAUUGUUAUUAUCCUUGUUAAGCUGUUUUGGAAGAAGCCUGAGAAGAGGUAUAAUUGGGAGCCUAUUCGGGAUGAUUUGGAGAUCGGAAACUCUGCUUUUCCGAUGGUGUUGAUUCAGAUCCCUAUGUUUAAUGAGAAAGAGGUAUACAAGAUCUCGAUUGGGGCGGCUUGUAAUCUAUCAUGGCCGUCGGAUCGGCUCGUGAUACAAGUACUUGAUGACUCUACAGACUUUGUGAUCAAGGAUAUGAUUGAGAAAGAGUGUCAAAGAUGGGCAAGCAAAGGGGUUAAUAUUAGGUAUCAAAUUAGAGAAAGCAGAGGGGGUUACAAAGCCGGGGCGCUUAAAGAAGGAUUAAAGCAUGAUUAUGUUAAAGACUGUGAUUAUGUGACCAUUUUCGAUGCCGAUUUCCGGCCAGAGCCGGAUUUUCUCCGUCGAGCCAUCCCGUUCCUUGAGUUCAACCCUCAAAUCGCCCUUGUUCAAGCUCGGUGGCGGUUUGUGAACUCUGAUGAAUGUUUAUUGACAAGAAUGCAAGAGAUGUCACUAGAUUACCAUUUCACAGUGGAGCAAGAAGUAGGGUCAGCGACUCAUGCGUUUUUCGGAUUCAACGGAACGGGUGGUGUGUGGCGUAUUGCCGCCAUUAAUGAAGCCGGAGGGUGGAAGGACCGGACCACAGUCGAGGACAUGGACCUUGCGGUCCGAGCAGGUCUUAAAGGAUGGAAAUUCCUCUACCUUGGCGACCUUCAGGUGAAAAGUGAACUUCCUAGUACAUUCAAAGCCUUCCGAUACCAGCAACAUAGGUGGUCUUGUGGUCCAGCCAACUUAUUUAGGAAAAUGGUGAUGGAGAUCGUUAGAAACAAGAAAGUGACAUUUUACAAGAAGGUGUAUGUGAUCUACAGUUUCUUCUUCGUAAGAAAGAUCAUCGCUCAUAUGGUCACAUUUUUCUUUUUCUGUGUCGUUCUCCCCCUCACGAUCUUGGUCCCUGAAGUCGAGGUUCCUAUCUGGGGUGCCAUUUAUAUCCCAUGCAUCAUCACCACCUUGAAUUCAGUUGGAACUCCGAGGUCCAUACAUUUAUUAUUCUACUGGAUUCUUUUUGAGAAUGUCAUGUCCCUUCACCGUACCAAGGCUACAUUCAUUGGUUUACUUGACGCCAAGAGAUCUAACGAGUGGGUCGUUACUGAGAAACUAGGAGAUGCACUCAAGAACAAUAAAACCGCCAAACAAGCUCCAAGAAAGUUCAAAUUCAAUAUUGGUGACAGAAUUCAUCUUACGGAGCUUGGAUUUGCUGUGUUCCUGUUCUUCACCGGAUGCUAUGAUUUUAUGUACGGAAAGCACAACUACUUUAUAUACAUAUUCCUCCAAACAAUCACAUUCUUGAUUGUCGGGUUUGGAUAUGUGGGAACCAUUGUCCCAAGCUCUUAAAAACUCGAAAUGGUAUUUGAAACUUAGCAAGUAAAAUGGUACAUCUUGUUUCUCUUCCAUCUCGACUUUAUUCUCAGUAUAUACAAUCUUUCGUGUGAUUGAAACACAUACCUUUUAACGCGUUGAGAAGGAGAACAGGAAAGAAAUUGGAGUUGUUGGGAGAUUGAUAUGUUUGUGAAAAUUAAGGAGACAUAAGAGAAAUAGGUUGUUUGUUAGAGGAUAUCAUAGUAUACAAUUGAGUUGAAGAAGGAAGAAAAAAUGAUGUUUAUGUUUUAUUGGAUUCCUAGUUGCUUUUGUUUUAAAAAAAAUAUUUAUUAUAUGUUGAGUUGGGUUUUAGGUUUAUGUUUUGUGAAAAGGUGGCAAUGAGAAGACUUAGCCAUCUAUUGUAUUCUACUCUUCUUUUUUUUCUUUGUUUGGAGUCAUGUAUUGUAGUACAACUUCAUACCAUUAAAUUAAACAAAUGUUUGGUCCC